UCCGCGCCGCUCGCUUUGAGUAGAACAGUUUGCAGCCUGCCCAUUUCGCAGUCGCCACCUUGCUGCUGCUGCUGCUGCUCUUUCUCCUCAAGGCCACCUUAAUUCACCGAUACCAACAUGAACGGGCAGCUCAAUGGCUUCCACGAGGCAUUCAUCAAGGAGGGCACUUUCCUCUUCACCUCAGAGUCUGUGGGGGAAGGCCACCCAGAUAAGAUUUGUGACCAGAUCAGUGAUGCUGUCCUAGAUACGCACCUUCAGCAGGAUCCUGAUGCCAAAGUGGCUUGUGAAACUGUUGCUAAGACUGGAAUGAUCCUUCUUGCUGGGGAAAUUACAUCCAGAGCUGCUGUUGACUACCAGAAAGUUAUUCAGGAAGCUAUUAAACACAUUGGAUAUGAUGAUUCUUCCAAAGGGUUUGACUACAAGACUUGUAAUGUGCUGGUAGCCUUGGAGCAACAGUCACCAGAUAUUGCUCAAGGUGUUCAUCUUGACCGGAAUGAGGAAGAUAUUGGUGCUAGAGACCAGGGUUUGAUGUUUGGCUAUGCCACUGAUGAAACUGAGGAGUGUAUGCCUUUAACCAUUGUCUUAGCACACAAGCUCAAUGCAAAACUAGCAGAACUACGCCGAAAUGGCACUUUGCCUUGGUUAUGCCCAGAUUCUAAAACUAAAGUGACUGUGCAGUAUAUGCAGGAUCGAGGUGCUGUGCUUCCCAUCAGAGUCCACACAAUUGUUAUAUCUGUUCAGCAUGAUGAAGAAGUUUGUCUUGAUGAGAUGAGGGAUGCCCUAAAGGAGAAAGUUAUCAAAGCUGUUGUACCUGCAAAAUAUCUUGAUGAAGAUACAAUCUACCACCUACAGCCAAGUGGCAGAUUUGUUAUUGGUGGGUCUCAGGGUGAUGCUGGUUUGACUGGCCGGAAAAUCAUUAUGGACACUUAUGGCGGUUGGGGAGCUCAUGGAGGAGGUGCCUUUUCAGGAAAGGAUUAUACCAAGGUGGACCGCUCAGCUGCUUAUGCUGCUCGUUGGGUGGCAAAAUCCCUUGUUAAAGGAGGUCUGUGCAGGAGGGUUCUUGUUCAGGUCUCUUAUGCUAUUGGAGUUUCUCAUCCAUUGUCUAUCUCCAUUUUCCAUUAUGGUACCUCUCAGAAGAGUGAGAGAGAGCUAUUAGAGAUUGUGAAGAAGAAUUUUGAUCUCCGCCCUGGGGUCAUUGUCAGGGAUCUGGAUCUGAAGAAGCCAAUUUAUCAGAGGACUGCAGCCUAUGGCCACUUUGGUAGGGACAGCUUCCCAUGGGAAGUGCCCAAAAAGCUUAAAUAUUGAAAGUGUUAGCCUUUUUUCCCCAGACUUGUUGGCGUAGGCUACAGAGAAGCCUUCAAGCUCUGAGGGAAAGGGCCCCUCAUCCUAAAUUUUCCUAUCCUCUUUCAGCUCCUGAUCAGUUGCAGUCACUCUAGUCAAUGACAUGAAUUUUAGCUUUUGUGGGGGACUGUAAGUUGGGCUUGCUAUUCUGUCCCUAGGUGUUUUGUUCACCAUUAUAAUGAAUUUAGUAAGCAUAGGUGAUCCAUGUAACUGCCUAGAAACAACAGUGUAGUAAAUAUGCUUUGAAAU